UGGCUGAUGUUUGAUUCAGUUUCUAAAGUAGGCUAUCAGGGUCGAAGCUCGCUCUCCAAUGCAUGAGGACUUGGGACAGUAAUUUUAGAUAGCAUAUCUCUAUCUUUGUAUCAAUCAAUUAAUUACACGCAUUCAUUUGAAAAUGGUGACUUUAUUGCGUCGACGAGCUUCGGCACUGCUUCUUGCGUGGGGUUAUUGUAUUUUGGCUGAGACAACUUUGUCUAACAUCACUCUUGAUAACGAGGUUCACUCCAGCUUCAUCCAGCGCCGUCUGAGGAGCCAGGAGCGCCGGGAGAUGCAGCGGGAAAUCCUCUCCAUCCUGGGGCUGCCCCACCGGCCCCGGCCGCAUAUCUACACCAAACAAAACGCUGCCCCGAUGUUCAUGCUGGAUUUGUACAACGCUAUUUCCACGGACGGACAACAGCCAGCAGGCUUUUCAUAUUAUAAGCCCGUUUUAACGACCCAGGGGCCCCAGAUGGUGACCCAGCAAAACAGUAUUUUCCUCAAUGACGCGGAUAUGGUGAUGAGCUUUGUCAAUCUUGAGAUUGAGCUGGAUCAGAACGUCCUGUCUUCUCGGCGCAACAGGGAAUUCCGCUUUGACUUGUCCCAUAUCCCAGAGGGAGAAGCUGUCUCCGCUGCAGAGUUCAGAAUCUACAAGGACUAUAUCGGAGAACACUAUGAGAAUGAGACCUUCCAUGUGAACGUGUACCAGGUGCUACAGGAGCCCCCUGACAGUGAGGAGGACCUGUUCCUGCUGGACACGCGUGUGGUGUGGGCUAUAGAGGAAGGCUGGCUGGUGUUUGACAUCACAGCCACCAGUAACCAGUGGGUAGUGAACCUGGACCAGAACUUGGGCCUGCAGCUAGCUCUAGAGAGCAUGGACGGCCAGAGUGUGAACCCCAGGCUAGUAGGGCUGGUGUGGGGCAGUGGGCUACAGGACAAGCAGCCCUUUAUGGUGGCCUUCUUUAAGGGAACUGAGGUUCGUCUCCGCAGCAUCCGCUCUGUCCACGGCCACAAGGGGCGCAACCCCAACCGCUCUAAAAAACCCAGGAAUGCCCAGGACGCACUGAAGGUUGCUGAGGCUGCAGCAGAGACCCUCAGCACAGACCCGAAACAGGGCUGUAAGAAGCAUGAGCUGUAUGUCAGCUUCAAAGAUCUGGGAUGGCAGGACUGGAUCAUUGCACCAGAGGGCUAUGCAGCGUACUACUGCCAGGGCGAAUGCUCUUUUCCCCUCAACUCCUACAUGAAUGCCACCAAUCAUGCCAUUGUGCAGACUCUGGUCCACUUCAUAAACCCAGAGACAGUGCCCAAACCCUGCUGUGCCCCCACCCAGCUCCACGGCAUCUCUGUCCUCUACUUUGACGACAGCUCCAAUGUCAUUCUGAAGAAGUACCGGAACAUGGUGGUCAGAGCCUGCGGUUGUCACUGACCACCAUUAGACUUCCCCUUCUCAGGAUACGCUGGGGUUAGUGGAGGAAGAGGAGGAAGAGAAGGAAAUGGGGAUUAUGCAGCAAAACUAAUUUAUUGCCUGAUCUAUAAGGACCUGCUGCUUCAGGACUGUCAGGAAGACCAACUGCCUUUAUUAUUGUCUGCAAACAGACAAGUACUAGCAAUACUGCCUUAGCAGUAGAGCCAUACUGCCUUAGCAGUAGAGCCAUACUGCCCUAGCAGUAGAG